AUUCCAAUUAAAAGGUUUAUGGAUUUUUUCUGUUAAUAUCUUGUCUUGUUUAUCCUAUUCAAGCUCAAAAAAUUGUUCUCAUUUUGUGGAAUUCAGUGAUGAAUUCUUAAUUAUUAUUUCCUUGGAUGAGUUUUGAAAUUUGAUACUGCUACUUUUUUGAUUAAUUUUCUUUGAGAAAGAAUUGUUCGAUUUUCAGUGAAUCGGCGGAUGGAUCUUUUGCUGUAAAUUUCUCGUCAUUUAUCUUAUUCAAGCUCAAAAUGCUUGUACUGGUUUUGUGGAAUUCAAUGAUGAAUUCUUAGGAUCUUUUGGUUAAAGAUAGCUAAUUUUCUAUCCAUUGUUUCUUGUCCAUUCUGAUUGUACCAGCGCUGCAUCUUGGAUUACCAUUUGUGCCUAGCUAUCUAGUUCAGUCUGAUUUUUUAGAACAGAUGGUUCUUGGGUACAAUUAUCUUUCUGCUGGUGUUGAUAUUAUAUUCUCAACUGGCUCGGAAGUGGGUCAGCAUUGCUUGUUUUACAUUUCGAUUGGGAGCAAUGACUUCAUUCACUACUAUAUCCCGAAUGCCUCAAAUGUUUUAACUGUUUACCUGCCAUGGAGUUUCAACCAGUUUUUAGCACAGACGAUUAAACAACAGAUCAAGAACCUGUACAAUGACAAGGUGAGAAAAGUGGUUGUAAUGGGACUGGCUCUAAUAGGCUGUGCACCUUACUACUUAUGGUUGUACAGUAGCGAGAAUGGGGAGUGUGUCAAGAACAUAAAUGACAUGAUUUUGGAGUUUUCUGAACUAAAUGAAGAGCUUGCUGAUGCCACAAUCAUAGUCUGCGAUGCAUUUGAAGGUUCAGUGGACAUUAUUCAGAAUUACAACCGUUAUGGUUUCAAUGUGACAGAUGAGGCUUGCUGUGGUUUAGGUGAAUAUAAAGGUUGGAUCAUGUGUGUUUCCCCUGAAAUGACGUGCAGUAACGCCUCUAGCCACAUCUGGUGGGAUCAAUUUCAUCCGACUGAUGCUGUGAAUGCUAUCCUCGCUGACAACGUCUGGUCCAGCCUGCAUACACCUAUGUGUUACCCUAUGAACCUGCAAGACAUGUUAGCUCAACGCACCAGAUAGGUUCAACUUAGAGACAAUUGUGAAUAUAUGGCCAUUGUAUAGAUAGUAUAUCAUUCUUUGUGUCUUUACAUGUAACUUUGGUAUUUCUGCAAUGUCAACUUUUUCUGCUAAGUGCAUUCAGCUUGAGUAGUUUCUCUAACAAUCUGCAAUGAGUCCUAUGUGGCAUGAUCUGUAAUGACCUCCUAAACACUCACUCCCUUUGUAUUAAAACACACCUCAAUUCUGAGUUGGCCUAUUAUUGUUCCACUCGACAACAACUGAAUAAUAUA